AUGAACCACAAUCAAGAUCUUUUAAGAUCUAUCAUACCGGAUGAAAGCAGACUAUUUUGGCGAAAUUACCCUCGGUUGCUGGAGAUUAAAAAGAAGUACGAUCAAAAUUUCGUGCUCUACGGACCAGCUUCUGUGGGAAGUGAGCACUGGAAGAUCGCUUCUGAUGGUAGACUUUGCCGGGCCGGUGCUUAA